UAGUCUUUUAAUUCUUUUAACAAAGUUGCUCUAGGCGGCUCAAGUUUCUUCACAAAGACUUGGACUUAUUUUUUUAUUCUUGGUCUUAGUCCCCCACCAAUUAGAUAGCUAAUUAUUAACUCAGAAACAAAAAACAGCCUCAUAUAUUCCAUCCCCCUGUAAGACUUGACCCUCCAUCUUGUCCAUUCCCAACAGAUGGAUGCAUUCAUCUUCCUCUUCCUCUUCUCUGUUUUCACCUUCCAAAGUUGUAUUAUUAAGGUCACCUAUGCAACAAAAUGUGGAGAUACAGGUCCUGAAAUCCACUAUCCAUAUCAGAUAAAGGGUCAGCAACAACAUCAUGAAGCCCUUCAUGGCUUUGAGGUUCUUUGUAAAGACAACAUCACCACAAUCCACUUUCCAUCUUAUGGGGACUUGGUAGUGAACUCCAUUUCCUAUGAAACCAAAAACAUUCACCUUCUUGAUCCCAAAAACUGCCCCCAUCGUGUCUUUCUGAACCUCAACCUCUCCCUUACACCCUUCCACUAUUUCCAUGUUCUCAAAAACUACACAUACCUCAAUUGCUCCACCACCCUUCCACAUCCUUUCGUGGAGGUUCCAUGUUUAAGUGCUUCAACUCAUCAUGUCUACACCGUUGACCCUGCACUUCCUGUGCCAGGUUCGUGUGAAGGAAUCAAAACCGUUGCCAUCCCUUUUGCAUAUAGCCCUUAUCUCUCAGACAACAGGCUUGGUCUUAGAUUAACAUGGGACUCUCAAGACACCGAAACAAGAAACAAUACUAGAGGCUCCCACACAUGGCGUAAUAUAGUUAUAGGCACCAGCAUGAUCUGUGUUUUCGUGAUGGCGAUGCUGAUUAUAAGUAUAAGCAUAAAGGUUGGUGGGGCUACGAGGAAUCGCCAUCAGAAAGAAGGGCAGUUAUUGAAGAGUUUCACGGAUUUCUAGCUGAUAGACUUUUUCAACAACAUUCCUAUACUUACGUAAUACUUACAUUUCUCUUUUUGUUUUUCUCUCAACCUGUAAUAUGAUGUUACCUGUCACAUUUUUCACUUUUUUUCUUUUUGCUUUUUUUUAAUCUAACUAUUAGGUAGUCUUUAACUGCAUAAUUUCUGAUGAUUAAUCUCUAAUAGGUAUAUAAUAUAGUGAUAUUAAUUUUUUAUAAAUUGAAAUAUUAAAAACA